GCACACAGUACGCGGUGAAUAGUGAUAGUUGAAAACCCGCGUUUGCCCGUUAACUGUACCGUGUUACCGUCGCCGUCGUUGUCGUCGCAAGUGCUCUAGUUUUCCAACUACUCAAAACUCCUUUCGCACACCUUUGUGACGAUUCACCGGAAUACCUGUCGGGCUCUUUGCUAUAGUAAUCAUAUCAUAGGUGACCACUACGAUAAUUGCCUCAUAAGUCACACCUGUAAAAUGUUUUUUUCCCGGUGCGCUAAUUUAAUCUCGCGUCGGCCGUUUUUUUAAAAUAAAAUUUCUAAUAAUACACAAGCCAUUAUUAUACGCGCGUUAUCUUCAAUAAUCAAUUGUGAUUUUAUCUUGGGAGACAUGAUUAUUACGGCGGGUCAUCGAAAUAGACAAUCUUCUAUAUAAGCAUUGCAUUUAACUAUUAUAAUUAAGUCGACCGGCAGUCUUUUCAGUUGAUAUAAUUAUCACAAUUCACAGCCAACACACAAAUUCACACGGAUUGUUAAACGCCAUCGAGAAAACCUUAAUUACUGGAUUUAAUUUGCAAACAACAUUACAGUUUCCAGGAGUGUUUAUAUGAGCUACUUUCCGAAUUCCGGCGAUUUGGCCGGCACUGCAGCUGAUGAUUACGAUUUUGAAGCGCACGUCAAAGACCCUAACAUCAAGCACGAAACUGGAUAUCUUCAAGAUGAAUGCUUUUAUGCCGAACAAAAUAACUCAAUGGAAGGAGACGAUACUGAUAUAAACGCCAAUAACACUAACGAGGAUAAAAGAAAUUACUUUCAAGAUUCUCAUCAUAUUUCUAUGCAUGAACCAUCCACUACAGAAUUAGUACCAUUAUCCAUAUACCCUUCAGAGAAUGAAUUACAGAAUAAUGGAGUGGUGCAUUCUGGUGAUAUCAGUAGCAAUACGGUUACGUCUUUGGGGUCUCCCGAAGAAAGGUCACCUACAUCAACUGAUCAACAGCAACCACAACAACCCAAUGCAUCUACAUUACCAGCAAAACCACCCUAUUCAUAUGUUGCUUUAAUCUCGAUGGCCAUUGAACAUUCUCCUUAUAAACGUGUCACGUUGUCUGAGAUUUACAAAUACAUCACGGCCAAGUUUCCAUACUUCGAGAAAAACAAAAAAGGAUGGCAGAAUUCAAUAAGACAUAACUUAUCCCUAAAUGAGUGCUUUCUCAAAAUACCUAGAGAUGGAGGUGGUGACAGAAAAGGCAAUUAUUGGACUUUAGAUCCCAAGUAUGACAAUAUGUUUGAAAAUGGAAAUUACAGAAGAAGACGAAGAAUGAAAAGACCUUAUAGAACCACUCCUUAUAGUAGACCUGGACCUUAUUUUGGACCAGAUUACAGAGGUGUUUUAGGACCACAUCCUUCAAAUUUUGGAUCUAAUCCCAAUAUGGCACCUAGAUUUGAUCACAAUAAUAGCUGGCCAAUUUCAUCUUAUUCGCCAGUUCCUCAGACGCAUCAAUUACAUUUUCCACUUUCUUCUCAGUUGCAGCCAUUGCAAUCUGUUCAGAUCUCAUCCGUGAACCACAAUAAUUAUAAUCAUUUACCAUCACCAAUAGGUGCAAACAUGCCAUUUGGUGGUUCAUAUCCUCAAUGUCAAAGAAGGCCUCAACAAGAAGUUUUACCUGACACUACUCUCCAAUAUCCAUACUGGGCUUCAUCAACUUCUUCGCCAGACCACAUUAUAUCAGUGAAGGAAGAACAUUUAAACCUCAUAGAAAAAAACCAAGAUACGCUCAAUCUUGAUCAUUUUGAAGUUCAACCACCAAAUGUAGAAUUUGAGGUAGCAGAUUCAAGACAAAAAUGUUAUUUGUGAAAAAAAUUUGUGCACCUAUUAAUAAUAUAUAGGAAAUCUCAAUACAAUUGUUUAUGAUUAACUUUUUACCUAGUUCUAAACAUGUGGAGUUUUAUCUUAGUUAAAUACUUAUUUAAAAUACCUACUAAUUGUUAUAUACUUGAAAAAUUACCAAAGUAUUUAAUUUGUGGUUGAUGUUACUAAGGGGGAUUUCAAUUUUUGGGGAAGAUGCAUUAGAAAAAUAGGUUAUUACUUUUUUAUUGUUAAAUAUUUAUUUACUAUGUUUUUUUUUUGUGAUUUCAAGAAUUGUAUAUUUUUUUAGCUACUAAACAAAUUAAAACUAUCUUAUUAAGUUUCAUAAUCUAUAAUUAUAAA